AUGACGAUUCAAUCGCCGUCGUCGUCGUCCACAACAACAACCGCAGAAUAUUGUCAGCCAGACGAAAGCACGUUCCUUGUUGGAUUUAAUCGAGUGAGUCUAAGUAUCGUCUUUUUUUGAAACUGUCAAAAAAUUUGAGUAUUUUGAAAGAUUUCGAGCGAGAAACAAUAAUUUUCACGUACAUUCUAAUUUUUUUCGACUCGAAUUGGAAAAUAACAGUUUACUAUUACUUUACUUUAAUGUUUUCGCUCAAUUUGAAGAGGAAAUUGAGAUCUGUUAAUUUUGAUGCUCGAGGAGCACAACAGAGCAAAAAUGUAACGAAGAAUAAUAAUUCGCCAAGAUUUUAAAAUUUUUCUGAUUUCCUUCAAAUUAUCAGGUUCGCCGAUACGGAACAACACAGAGCCAAUCUUCGCCAGCCACGCCGUGCUCCUACACAAUCUACCAAGUGCAACCAGAUGACACGUUGGAAAGGAUAGCCUUGAAGCAGAAUUGUUCGGUUAGUCAACAGAUUACCAUCACAGAAAAACCGGAUUUUCAAGGUUUCGUCGCUAGUGCGCGCGAACAAGUUGUGGUCGCCCAGUGCGUUGUUCAUGAAGCAAUUCAUUCGGAUACCAAUCUUCAACUCGCAGUCCUCAACGCCAACUAACCCUCCUCCGAAAAUACAAGAAUCACAGUGCAACAAAAAAGUGCCUGCCGCUACUCAACGGGUCGAUAGCAGCCAAGAAGAGCGAUCACUAAAAGACAUUCUGCAACGCAUAGACCGGAAUAUCAGAACAUUCCGAAAAUGUGAUAAUUCUAAUAGCUCCGCUUAUGAUGAAUUUUAA